UCACUGCCUGUGUGAACCUCACAACAUGGGCACUGAGCCCACAUCGAGGGGCAACCCCAGUGCCCCAGCCAGCAGCUUCAGAAAGAUCUCCAAGCCUCUGAUGGAGAAGAAGCGCCGUGCACGAAUCAACGUGUCCCUGGAACAGCUAAGGUCUCUUCUGGAGAGACACUACUCACAUCAGAUACGGAAACGAAAGCUGGAGAAGGCGGAUAUCCUGGAGCUGAGUGUGAAGUACGUGAGGAGCCUCCAGAACUCAUUGCAAGGACUCUGGCCAGUACCCAGUGGGGUGGACUACCCCUUCCAAGGCGGCUUGCCCAGCGUGAGCCAGAGGCUUCGGCCCGGAGAGGACCACAGCGGCCUGCGCUGCCCCCUGCUGCUUCAGCGCAGGGCGGGCAGCACCACGGACAGCACCAGCCCACAGGCGGCCUCUGUUCUCAGUCCCUGCCUCCCGGCCAUCUGGGCCCCAGGUCCCGCUGCAGGUGGCUCUCAGUCCCCGCAGUCCCCUUUCCCUCUCCCUCUCCCUCUCCCUCUCCCUCUCCCUCUCCCUCUCCCUCUCCCUGGAAGUCUCCUUGAGUCGUCCACCGGCGUUCUGGCACCAGAACCUGCAUCAAACUGCCAGGCCGAGAGUCCGAGACCCGGGUUUCGCCUGUGGCGGCCCUGGUGAAGCCGCCGCAAGGAUUUAGACUCAAGCCCUCCUCCCCUCCCCCAUCACCCCGCCGUCUAGUCUGGGGAAACUAUUUUGGGGCACCUAUGGUGACUGCAAGGAGUCAUUCUAUCAAUCGAUGGCCUGGUGGGUCUACAGGGACAUCCACGGAGCCAUUUGCGGAUGGGGUCUGUACGUCUAGGUGAUUUCACCCACUCCAGACAGACCAGCUUUCC